UGCCGGCGGGCCUGCCGAAGCCGAAGCCGCCGCCCUUCUCCACCGUUGAUGGCAACCACACGCUGGCCUUCUCCGACAUGACGUCCACCAUCGGCGUCGGCAUCGGCAUCGUGCCGCUGCUGGCCGUCGUCGAGAACAUCGCCAUCGCCAAAGGCCUUCUCGGAGGGCAAGCGUCUGGACACGACCCAGGAGAUGAUCGCGCUCGGCCUCAGCAACAUCGCCGGCUCCUUCUUUUCGGCCAUGCCGGUCACCGGCUCCUUCAGUCGCACGGCGGUCAACCACAGCUCCGGCGUGCGCACUCCGCUGGGCGGCGUGUUCACAGGUCUUCUGGUGAUCUGCGCCCUGCAGUUCCUGACGCCGUACUUCGUGUACAUCCCGAAGGCCACGCUCUCGGCCAUCAUUAUCAGCGCCGUCAUCUACAUGAUCGAACUGAGCGUGGCCAGACCCAUGUGGCGCAGUCGCAAGGUGGACCUGCUGCCAUUCCUCGCCACCUUCCUGGCCGGCGUGUUCUGGGGCCUGGAGUACGGCAUCGGCAUCGGCACAGCCAUCAGCCUAGGCAUGAUCCUCUUCAAGGCCGCCCGGCCCAAGGUCGUCACCCAGACUCGGAAGCUGCCUGGCGGCUCGGAGGAGUACAUCUACGUGUACCCGGACUCGGGGCUGACGUACCCCGCUGCCGAGCAUGUUCGCGCCGUGGUCACCGACGCCGCCGUGCUGCACGGCCGCAGCGUGCUGCCCGUCGUGCUCGAUUGCAACAACGUGCGCUACUCCGACUUCACUUCGGCCGAGUGUAUGAAUCAGCUGGUGAAGGAGUUCCACGAGCGCGGACAGCAGCUGGUGUUCGUCGGUAUGAAGAGCAGCAUCCGCCGCUGCUGGGACGGUGCUGGUCAUGCCGACAAUCGUCUCAGCUGCGUCACAAUCGCCGACGCCGAGCACACGAUCGCUGACCACCUUCACGCGCCGCAGACGAAGGUAGACCUCAGCGGUCAGUAAGGCCAUGCACACCGGCGUCAUCAGCAGCCGCCAUAUCUGCCGACCGCUCGGCUGUCACACCCGCCACCGACCCGACUGCUCUCAACAUCGCGACAAGCCGCCCGCGGAGACUCCGCGCGCCCGCGGCCGAGUUCAAGGUUUCGGCGUGUCGGUCGGGAAGCCUGGCUGUGCGCCCUGUUGCGUGCGGGAGCGUUGUUACGUCACUGGGGCCCGUGGCGGAGGCCUCCGAUGCGCUGGACGCUCACACUCACUGUAGUUCUCAUUAGCUGUAGACGCUGACGCAUGCGGGCCCGCAGGGCGGCUGCGCACGUGGCUCGUGUGCAGGGCAUUCCUAGACGGGGCACAGCGUGCCCGGCGCGGGCCGAUGCAGGGUCAGCCUGCCUGGUUCCCGCGAGUGUCGACCAUGCGCUGGUGUAUUGGCAGGGUGGCCUAUGCAUGUAAUCGAGAUCAUUGUUGAUCCUGAAAGUGUUCGCUAUCAUGUCCGCCGCAAGCUGUGCGACUUUUGUUGUUUUUUUUUUUGAUGGUUUUGCUAUCUUCAUUCGAGAAAAUUUCCUUGGUGCACAAAUUUCCUUGGUGUCGGAAGCCACGAAAUGUCGCAAUUUAAUCCGCGAAGGCCUCCAUUAGUAGAGCCAAUGAUUUGUUUACGAUUAUUUUGCGCUACUGUUAAAAUGUUUUCGUCCUCGUUGACAGAGUUGUGUUCUGACAGCUGACAGCCGCAUGUGACGGACAGUUCAACAACAUGUGAGGACAGAUCAACAGUAUCUGUCCCACACGUGCAACGCUUGAGCAAGGCGUUUACAAAUAGAAGCUGCAAGGAACUUAGAGAUGUAGCUUUAAAGAUUGUCCUUGUGGGAGGUUCAGGAUAUCACAAGACCCCCAAUAUUUAUCUUCACUUUCAAGGAAUUUUCCAUGGAUGUGAAAACAUCAAAUGCAUUGAACCACCGUCAAAGGUCAUUACAAACUAUGUAUAUAAUACAGGCGAGGUAAGUUAUUAUGAUGAAGUUCAUGAUUUAUGAAUUGCCGUUGCUGAGAUCUAAGCACUUAUCGUCUUACUGCUGUUGCGUAGAGUUAAGAACUGAUCAUUUUAGAGUUUGCUGUUGCGCUUUGUUUUGUACGUGCAUCACCCUUUUUCGCUCUGGAAUAACACCACCUGAUCUUUUGUAGAACCAGCUGUCCGCAAUUGAACUACCUUUCGGGCACCGUUUUACCUGCGUUUGACUAAUAUUUCUAUGAUGUCAGGCCUGUCGCCCCACUGAAUAAUCGAUACAUAUGCUUCUACGGCGUAUUUAUUGUAAGUGUGUAUUGAGUGCAUGCUAAUUAUUAUAAGAUCGGUGGACGGAUGUUAUCAUCUGUCCACAUUUGAUAGUAGUCGACAGUGCGGGACAUUGCGUGUCAUUACUUCGGCAUGCAGCAUGCCCGCUGUGACAUGGUGCAUCGGAACUCUGUUGCACUGGACAAUACAGACCAUGUUGAUA